GUGUGGUUGGUCCCCCGCGUUAGUUUUCUUUUUCUUUUUUUUUCUACCUUUCUACUUUUUACUAAUUAAGAAAAACUAUGGAUUCUGACGAAGAUCUUGAUUGCCCUCUCUGUAUGGAGGAGUUGGAUAUUGCUGAUUGCAGCUUUAGACCUUGUCCUUGUGGAUACCAAAUUUGUAGAUUUUGUUGGCAUCAUAUCAAGACUAACUUAAAUGGCAGAUGUCCUGCAUGUCGUCGAGAGUAUUCAGAGGAAAUGGUUGAAUUUCAACCUGUGAGUGCCGAUGAAUUAUCUCGUAUAAGGAAAGAAAAGAGAGAAAAGGAAAGACAACAAAAGGACAUGGAAUCAGCGAAUAGACGACAUUUGUCAAGUAUGCGCGUUGUUCAAAAAAACUUGGUUUACAUCAUUGGUCUUCAUCCCAGAUUGGCUACGGAAGAGAUUGUGAGAUCCCAUGAUUUCUUUGGUCAAUUUGGUAAAAUCUCUAAAAUUGUCAUCAACAAACGACCCGCUCUUCCAGCAGCUCAAAUGUCGACUUUACCUAGUGCCGCGGUUUACGUCACCUAUUAUAAGAAAGAGGAUGCCGCAAAAGCUAUAGCUGCAGUGGACGGAAGUGUGAUUGCUGAUAGAGUGUUAAGAGCGUCGUACGGUACCACAAAAUAUUGUACUUAUUAUUUACGUAACAUGACAUGUCCAAACCCAAAUUGUCUUUACCUGCAUGAACAAGGAGAAGAUAUAGACACCAUUUCAAAAGAAGAAUUAGCAACUGGUAAACAUCAUAUGCGUGAUAUGCUGACUACAGAUGACGAAGAUGACGACGAAGAGGAGGAUGCGUAUGGAAACCGUAUGGGCGCAGCACACCCAUCACCUGCACCAGUAUCCUAUCGUACACCUCAACUCUCCAGUGCAGACUUUCCUGCAGUCUCCUCUUCAUCACGAUCCAAAAUCACUGAUGAUUCUGCUCUACCAGCUUCUGCUUCUUGGGCUAAAAUCGGUACCAACAGCUCUCCUUCCACACCUGUCUUAGCUGUAUCCGAUGCCUUUGGCCCUACCUUGUCAGCUGCAGUGGCUGCCUCUCAACAAAAGACACAGUUCCCUCCUAUGCCUAAACGUAAGAGCGAAAAGAAAAAGAGAAAGGAACAGUUACAACAACAAAGAGCUACCCCAGAACCAUCCUCUGAUUAUUUGAUCUCACCCACUUUCUCAAGAACUGAAGAAUAUGAAGAGCAAUCACCUAGUAUAGAGAAAAACGAGGCAGUACAGCAACCACAACAACAACAGCAACCACAACAAGAACAGCAACAGCAAGAGGAAGAGGAAGAAGAAAAGGAGGAGGCAGAACCUUCCUUCUUCGACCAAGGAUUAACUGGGUUUGUAUUGGGUCAAGCUUAUCGAGAUUUAUGCCCUCUACCAAGCGAAGAAGAGUUCGAAAGUAAGCAAAAGCAGGAUGAUUAUGCAGAGGAACAAUUGACAUUGGGAGUGUCUGCAUUGUUAUUGCAAGACGAUCAAUUAAAAUGUGAACCAUCACCUGCGCAACGUCAUUUGGAGGCCAUUCAAUCAGCCGCAUCCAGUUUAUUACCCACCAAUGUACCUUCUGUAUUAGACUUUUUGACGUAUUCUACCCCAACCCCAAAAUACACUGGUUUAUUCAAUCCGUUCUCUCAUCUGGCUACUUUGGGAGCUGGUCAAAUGGCAAACAGUAACAAUGUAUUAAAUAAUAAUUUAGAUUCACCUAUCCGUAGACACUCUAGAUUUGGCUUUGCUCAAGCAUAACCACCCUAACUAAACACACACACACACACACUUUCCUUUCUCUUUAUAAAUAUAACACUUCCCUUCUUUUUUUUAAAAAAAAUAAAUAAAUGAUUAUACAAAAACUCUUUUUAUAAAUCCCAGAUCUUAACUACUGAACUCAACCAUGUGGUGGUUGU